AUGGGGGAGCGUUAUUGUGAAGGUUUGGCAUUGGAGGGUUUGAAUGAUUGUGUAAGUGGGAUCCCAUUAGAGACGCGUAAUUGUGUACGUGGGAUAUUAGAGGUGGUGUAUAAUUGUGUUCGAGCAGUAUGGUCUUUUCUAACAAAGAGGAUAAGGCGGAGAGAGAGGAUAAGACAGCUGAAGAUAAAGCUGAAAAGGGGAAUCAUCAUAAGCGAGCACAUGGCUAUCGUACUCACUUGUUCAAAGUGUUGGAAAGACAAAACACUUAAAGAAUUGAGCGAAAUCCAAGAUCUAGAAGGGAUCAAUAUUAAUCCAGAAUUAUUGAACAAUAGUGGCGAAAAUGGCAUUUCUAGAUUCGUUUAUGUCUGUCCUGAAUGCGAUGAAUUCGAAUGGAAAUCAUUCACGCCCAAGACGACAACGAUAUCCCAUUCAGAAAGUCAAUUUACACAAUUUGCUUCGAAGAUUUUCGAGGUUAUAAAGCUGGAAGGAGACCCUUCCAGUUUAUAUGAGCAUAAUAAAUACAUUGAGUCGAAUAUCGUUAAAGAAGUUUGCGAUAAAUUUGAAGUGUUGUUUCCAACAUUUAAGCUUGAAAAAUAUAUCUUACGAAACGGAAGCUUUUAUCACAAAACGAAACUUUUUCAACCAGAUGAGUUUGAUUAUCUUGCCCCAUUAAAGUUGUGUGAGAAACGAUUACGAGGGGACAAUACUAUACAACUUCAAGACGAGGACUUCUGUCGUGAUAUCGCGCAAGAAUGUAAUAACCUUGACUCAGAAGCAGAAAAGAAUGUAAUAGACAAAGAACAGCGCUUGACAUCUUGGAUUAUGUAUUACAUACAUAAAGCCAUUGACACAACCUUAAAACGCUUACACGAGGAAGAAAUAUUAACAUAUAAAGGCAUUUUGUUCAUUGGCAACAAGAAGCCAGCAGAUUCUGGACUCGCUACGAACGAAAUAAUUUUGGAUGAUGAGCUCCAUGGCCCAUGCAUUAGACUAAGAGUUGGGGCUGAACUAUGUGCUACUGAUAUCGAUAUCGGAUUCUGUGUGCUAAAAGAUCCACACAUUAGUGGAGACAUAAACAAUAUUGAAUUAUUAUUGCCAGGUUCCGAUGAAUUUUGGAUACAAUCAACUUAUUGUAGACGUUCAAGGAUCGAUGGACAACAUAGAAAACUCGUGAUGUUACUGAAAUACGUAAUGUCUGUGUGUAACAGGGAUGGAAGUUGCCUCACAAACCUCAGCUCGCAUGCGUUUAAAUGCCAUGUAUAUGCUCAUCAAAAGGAAUGUGAAUAUCCAUAUAACGCAUUACGACGGUGUUUUUAUAACAUACGUGUUCGUACAUCUCACCUUAGAUGCAUUAACACAUCACAAGAUAGACAUGCAAAUGACACAUCACUCGGACGGUGUUUACAUGACAUACUUGUUCGUAUUUCUCACCUAAUAUGCAUGCAAGAAUGGAACACCCAUUUUCGAUUUGAAUCUUGCUGCCUGGUACGGCUGAUGCAAAACAAUCGCCACACAAGUGAAUACCAACCAGUACUGACAGAUAAUGGUAAUACGUACGAUGUAUGCAGGAAAAGAAGGUGGAUCGGCAAACUUCCUGACGUCGAUUCCAAUAAUAGAAAUUUGCUUGAGUAUUCCCCUUGGCUGAUGGACCAACUAUUUGUAAGAGUUCUGUUCAAAUGGCUUGGCGAAUCACUGGAUAUAAUUAGUGAGGAUAGCACUGGUGGGGAAUACCGACAGGCAUUUGAACACAUGUGUGCACAAGAAACACGUGAGUUUGUAAACGAACUCGGCGAUGAGUACAACAGUUGUCAAGAAGACCCGUUUGAAGUGUUGAAGCAACUACAGGGGAAACAUUUCAAGGAUUCUACAGGGGCUCACCCCAUUGAUCCGAAGCCCACUCGUCCGAAACAUUUCAAGGAGUCCAAAGAUCAUUCGAUUGUGAACAUUGACAGCCGUUCUGGUUCAGUCACUUACGAGACAUCCAUUUAA